CGCCAUCACGAAUGCCCAGCGUGCGACUUUGAUGGUGAAUCGUGGGAAGAUCUACUCCAACACUGUCGUCAAACCAGUUGCCGAGAAGUCUGCCAAGGCUGCGACGAUGGAAGUGGAUCUCUCUGGGGGUCCAAUUCAGACGGGUACUGGGAACAUGUCGAUGACCACAACGUGUGCACACAGUGCGAGCGCCACUUUGGCACACCAGACAAUCUUUUCCAGCAUGAACUGACACACCGCGCGGCGAACUACGAAUGUUUCUACUGCCCGCAAAUGUUCAAAACAUACGGUGGCAUGGCAGGUUUUCCCGGGACUUCUAUCAUCCACGCGGAGCGCGGCGUCUGUAGCAAUUCUGACCGAAUUGAUCUAUACAUGCUCGCUGCAGAAUGCCAUAGAUGGCGUGCCUUUAUAGACCAGGACUACCACUCUGAGAUGCUGGGUGGCUGGGAUCUAGAGUACCGCUACGGUAAGGUCGAUCCGUUCCACUGCCCGGAGUGUGGGAUUAGACUACCCCAGCUGUCGAGUCUGUUCCAGCAUAUUGAGUCGAAUUCGUGCGACCAGACGCUUAACGACGGCGCCAUUGGGCAGCUACGGAACUUUCUGUGGAACCGGUUGACGCAGUGA